AUGGAAGCUGAUAUUCAAGUGGCUUAUCCUGGAAAACCUAUUUCCAGAAAAAGCUUGUUUAAAAGUAGUGUAAACGACAAAGUGAAGCCACAUCUAAGUGUAAAUGAAUCUGAUCAUGAUGAUGACGAUACUACAAGUCUUGAAGAAGAGUUCGAUAAUUUAGAUGUUGAAGGUGAUAAUACUGACGGGAGUGAAAGUGAUGUUCAUAGCAAUGACGAAGGAAACAGUGAGGUUGAGAUAGAAAGCAAUGAGGAAGAUGAUGAUAAUGAAGGAAACAAUGAGGAUGGGAUUGAUAGCAAUGAUGAAAGUGAUCAGAAUGAUGAGGAUGGAGAUGAUUCUAGCGGUUACAGAAGAUCUAUUACUGGCUUUGGAGAGGAAUCGAAACCUGACAGCCGUAACGGGUCUCUCCGUUAUGAGGAAGAUGAUGAUAAUGAAGGAAACAAUGAAGAUAUUGAUAGUAAUGAUGAAGGUGAUCUGAGUGAGGAGGAUGAAGGUGGUUUGAGUGAGGAGAAUGAAGAUGAUCUGAGUGAGGAGAAUGAAGGUGAUCUGAGUGAGGAGAAUGAAGGUGAUCUGAGUGAGGAGGAUGAAGGUGAUCUGAGUGAGGAGGAUGAAGAUGAUUCUAGUGAUUAUGGAGGAUCUAUUACUGGCUUUGAAGAGGAAUCAAAACGUUCUGAUGGAGAAGAAGAAGCUGAAUCCGAAGAUGACUCCCAAAAUAUUAACAUCUUCUCAGCUCAAGCCAGAGACAUUAAAAGUGAUAUUGAGAAAGGAAACUCAAUUCGUAAUCAGUCGACUAUUUGGGAAAAACUGAUUGAAUGUCGUAUAAAAUUGCAACCUGCUUUAAUCAAUACUAAUAAGUUAUACCAGCGUGAGGCAUUGAAAGAGUUUAAGAAUCAGUUAAAUUCAGAAGAGGAAGAAAUUUUAUCUCAAACUUACUCAGUUUUAAGCAAAUUAAUGAAAGGGCUGCUUGAACUUCAGGAUGUAGCACUAAAUGCAGCUCCUGAGUAUAGAGAAAUAAAGAACAUGAAAAGAAAAAGUGAUCCAUCUGGACUUGAAGAACCCGAAGAGAAAAAAAUAAGGAGUGAGGAUUUCCUACAAGUAAUUCAUGAAGACUUCAAGCCAUUUAAAGAUAAUGUAAUUCAGAAAUGGAAUGAAAAAACCAAAUUGUCUUACGGAAGAAUGAGUAAAUCAGACUUUUCAGCAUUUGAUCAACCUACUUUGAAACAAAUAGAAGAAAUUUUAUUAGACCGCUCAAGACUUUUAAAAAGAACACAAAUCAAAAAAUCAGAUUAUCAAGUCCUCGGUAAAAGUAAAGCAGUGUCCGAUGAAGCUUCAAAAGAGGGUUCUAAAACGAAGGACAUUCAAGAAUGUGAUCCUGAAAUAUUUGAUGAUGAUGACUUCUAUCAUAAGCUGUUGCGUGAUUUUAUUGAAAAUAAAACGUCUGAUUCAUCUGAAUUCUCAAAGAGAGGAAAGCAGUGGUUGGAAUUACAGAAGCUUAGAAGUCGGAUGAAGGCAAAAGUAGAUACUAGGGCAUCCAAAGGAAGGAAAAUAAGGUUUACCGUUAAUACUAAAAUGGUCAACUUCAUGGCACCUGUACCUUCAUUUUCUUGGAGCGAGGAAGCCAAAAAUGAACUUUUUAAUUCCCUUUUUGGACAAGCUCUUAAACAAAAAAGUUAAAAAAUAUAGGUACUUCGAAAGUAAAUUGAAUAAAUUUAAAAAAAUCUGUUAUAAUUGCUAAUUUUAUUUCCCACUGUGGAUAAGAUGUCGGAUAAUAACAAAGUUGUUUGUUGAAAUUUAGGAUAAGUCAAUGCUGUAAAUAAUUCAGAAAAAAUUGAAGAACUUUAUUUAUAAUAAUUAUAUUUUAUAUAAUAAACAUUUUGUUAUGAAAUUUUAGUUUUAUUUCUUCAUAUAACCUUUGAAUUUGAGAAGUACUGAAAUGCAUACAAAGUCGGUCUAAACGUAGGCAGCCAUUAAAUAUUACUCUCAUGUAUUGUCUGUGUGACUUUUGUUCCGCACCCUUUCGUCUAACUUCUUAAAUUAGAACUAAUCGUAAGAUUAAUCUUUUUUUUUUUUUUU